GCAGCUGCUGGCUCGGAGUCAGGCUCAGGCCGAGGCGGCGGCGCGGAGCGAGCGAGCGGCCUGGCUCCGUGAGUGGCGCAGACGCGGCGCGGGGCCGCGGGCAGGGGCCGGAGGUGUUGCAGGCCCGGGCGGUGCUAGGCUGGCGGCGCCAUGUACAAUGGGAUAGGGCUCCCCACUCCCCGGGGCAGCGGCACCAACGGCUACGUCCAGCGCAAUCUCUCGGCCGUGCGGCACAAGAAGGAGCGAACCGACUACAAGUCGGAGGAGGAGCUCAGGAAGCUGGAGUCGUCUCUGGUGAAGAAGCCCAACCAGGAGAUCCUGGACCAUGAGCGCAAGCGCAAGGUGGAGCUGAAAUGCCUGGAGCUGGCCGAGCUCAUGGAGGAACAGGGCUACGCCGAGGGCGAGAUCCAGGAGAAGGUGGCGACCUUCCGGCUCAUGCUCCUGGAGAAGGACGUGGCGCUGGGCAAGGAGGGGGAGCAGCAGCCCGAGCAGAAGCCAGCGGUCACAGAGACCCACCAGCUGGCCGAGGCCAACGAAAAGAAGAACGAGCGGCUGCGGGCGGCUUUUGGCAUCAGCGAGAAUUACGUCGACGGGAGUUCGUUCGACCCCAACCGCAGGGCUAAGGAGGCGGCGGCUGCGGCAGCCAAGCAACAGGAGCAGCAGAAGCAGUACAGCCUGGUCCAUGAGUCCAGCAGCUCCCGCUCUCCAUCCCCCAAGCAGAAGAAAAAGAAAAAGAAGAAAGACAGAGGCAGGUCAGAGAGCAGAUCCCCUUCUCGAAGAGAGAGGAAAAAGAGCUCUAAGAAGAAGAAACACAGGUCCGAGUCAGACUCAAAGAAGAGGAAACACAGGUCUCCCAGUCCGAAGAGCAAACACAAAGCCAAGGAGAAGAAGAGGAAGAGAUCCACCAGCGAGUCGGCGUCCCAGAAGGGCCGAAGAGGUCGCUCGUCCUCCCCAGACUCUUCCUCCUCCUCGGACAGCUCGCGGAGCAGGUCCCGGAGCGUCACCACUCAGAAGCGGGCCUCCCUGCCCAGCGUGACCCCCCCAGCACCGCCACGGAGGAGAGCCGACCCCGAGGGCGCCUCAAAGGAUGCCCUCAAGAGAGAUCGCUCGGCAUCCCCCGAGGUCAGCCGGCGCGCGCAGAGCAGCAGCCCCCGGAAGAGUCGAGAUAAGCGAGAGAAGCGGUCGUCUCGGCACUCCCCCCGCCAGCGUUCCUCCUCCCCGUCGCCCGUCUCCGAGGGGAAAAUAAAGGACAAGGAUCGCCCCUGGCAGCCAGAGCGCAAAUCCACCCCCGCCCCGUCCUCGGAGCGUGAGCCCCGCCCUCAACGCCGCUCCCCGUCCCCUGAGCCGGCCCGAGAGAGGGCCUCAUCCGGCCACAAGCGCCCACCCUCCAAGGAGACCAAGUCCCCCCGAUCCUCCUCCCCGCCUCCCAAAAAGCCAGUGGCUGAUCGCCCCAAGAGCCCGUCCCAAGCGGCUGCUCCCUCGCCACCGGCCACCACCCGGAAGGCCCAGCUGUCCCGCUCGGGCUCUGAGAGCGACGAAAACUCGUCCUCCUCUUCCCCCGAGCGGGAUAAGCCGGCCCCGAGCAGACAGGAGAAAUCGAAGGGCUCCCAGCGCCGGGACCGCUCCAGUUCUUCCCCAGAGCCCUCCCAGCCUGCUAAGGUUGCCUCCAAACCCUCGUCCCGGCGUGAGCGCUCUGGCACCCCGGCAAAGAGCGCCAAAACCCGCUCCCUUUCCAAGAGAGACGCCAGGUCCCGGUCCCGGACGCCCCCUUCCCGCAGGGAGCGUUCCCGCACCCCGCCCCGCCGGGGAGGCCGUUCCCGCACCCCACCCCGCCGGGGGGCCCGUUCCCGUACGCCACCGAGACGGGGCCGGUCCCGAUCCCGGAGCCCCCAGUGGAGAGGCAGGUCCCGGAGCCCCCAGAGGUGGGGACGGUCCCGUUCCCGCACUCCGCCCAGGUGGGGCAAAUCCCGUACGCCCCAGAGGAGGGGGAGAUCUCGCAGCCCUCAACGGCGAGGGUGGUCUCGCUCCAGGACACCCCAGAGGCCUGGCUGGUCUAGGAGCCGGAACACGGCAAGGCGGGGUCGGUCUAGAACCCCGCCCCGGCGAGGCAGGUCCCGGUCUAGAACCCCGCCCCGGCGAGGCAGGUCCCGGUCUAGAACCCCGCCCCGGCGAGGCAGGUCCCGGUCUAGAACCCCUCCUCGGCGAGGCAGGUCCCGGUCUAGAACCCCUCCUCGGCGAGGCAGGUCCCGGUCUAGAACCCCGCCCCGGCGAGGCAGGUCCCGGUCUAGAACCCCGCCCCGACGAGGCAGGUCAGGGUCCUCUCCCAGGCGGGAGAAAUCACUCAUUUCAGCCAGGAGGAGCCGCUCUGGGUCAUCAGCCGAGCGGAGGAAAAAAUCCAGGCUGCCCCUGCGAAGGAGCCUGUCUGACUCGUCACCAGAUGUGAAGCAGAAAUCCAGGAAAGUGUCAAGACGCAGCCGCUCCGCAUCAUCCCCUCGGCUACAGAAGAAAUCCAGAUCAUCGCCCCGGAGGAGCCGCUCUGGCUCAUCCCCUCGGCCAAAAAAGAAAUCCAGAUCAUCCCCUCGGAGGAGCCGGUCAGGGUCGUCUCCAGUGCUGAAGAAGAAAUCCAGAACGCCGUCCAGGAGGAGGAGGAGGAGGAGGUCUGGAUUGUCUCCGGCACUCAAAAAGAAAUCCAGAUCACCGCCUAGAAGAAGCCGGUCUGGAUCAUCUCCAGAAGUGAAGAAAAAAUCCAGAUCACCUCCAAGACGAAGGAGGUCUGGAUCUUCUCCACUGGCGAGAAAGAAAUCCAGAUCAUCGCCAAGACGAAGCAGGUCUAGGUCCUCGCCAGUGUUGAAGAAGAAAUCUAGAUCACCCCUGAGACGAAGCAGGUCUAGCUCCUCGCCAGUGUUGAAGAAGAAAUCUAGAUCGCCCCCGAGACGAAGCAGUUCUGGGUCCUCUUCAGUGGCAAAGAAGAAAUCCAGAUCACCGCCUGUGAGAGGCCGAUCUGGGUCGUCUCCAGCAUUGAGAGAGAAAUCUAGAUCGCCCCCGAGACGAAGCAGAUCUGGAUCAUCUCCAGUGGUGCGAGAGAAGUCUAGAUCACCCCCGAGACGAAGCAGAUCUGGAUCAUCUCCAGUGGUGAGAGAGAAAUCUAGAUCACCCCUGAGACACAGCAAAUCUGGAUCAUCUCCAGCUGUGAGAGAGAAACCGAGAUCACCACUGAGACGAAGCAGAUCUGGAUCCUCUCCAGAACAGAGAGGGAAAUCCGUAUCACCUCCUGUGAGAAGCCGGUCUGACUCCUCUCCUGGGUUGAAGAAGAAGUCUAGGUCUCCUGCAAGGCAAAGUGGGCUUGGAUCUUCGCCAGCCGUGGAAGGGAAAUCCAGAUCUCCUGCAGUGAGAAGCAGAUCUGGAUCCUCUCCAGAACAGAGAGGGAAAUCUGUAUCACCUCCUGUGAGAAGCCGGUCUGACUCCUCUCCUGGGUUGAAGAAGAAGUCUAGGUCUCCUCCAAGGCAAAGUGGGCUUGGAUCUUCGCCAGCUGUGGAAGGGAAAUCCAGAUCUCCUGCAGUGAGAAACAGAUCUGGAUCCUCUCCAGAACAGAGGGGGAAAUCUGUAUCACCUCCUGUGAGAAGCCGGUCUGACUCCUCUCCUGGGUUGAAGAAGAAGUCUAGGUCUCCUCCAAGGCAAAGUGGGCUUGGAUCUUCGCCAGCUGUGGAAGGGAAAUCCAGAUCUCCUGCAGUGAGAAACAGAUCUGGAUCCUCUCCAGACCUGAAGAAGCUGUCUAAGACCUCUCCAAGACACAGUGGUGCUGGGUCUUCUCCAGUGGUGGAAGAGAAAUCAAGUUUACUUCCAAGAUGCAGCCAGUCUGGAUCUUCUCCAGAACUGAUGAAGAAAUCCAGAUCGCCGCCUGUGAUAGGCAGGUCGGGAUCCUCUCCAGAACUAAAUGAUAAAUCUAGCUCCUCACUCCCAAGACAAAGCCAAUCAGGAUCCCCUCCAGAACCAAAAAAGAAAUCCAGAUCACCUCCAAGAUGUGUUAAACCUGGUGCCUCUCCAGUGGUGAAAGAAAAGUCCAGAUCUCCCCAGCCAUGGCAAAGCCGAUCCGGAUCCUCUCCAGAAGUGAAAAAGAAAUCCCCAUCACCAUCCAUAAGAGGGGCCUCUGUAGAGCAAGCAAAAUCCAGAUCGCCUCCCUCACUGAGCGGAUCCGGAUCAUUGUUGACGUUGAAAGGGAAAUCCAGUUCGCCCCCAAGACACAGCCGAUCUGGAUCCUCUCCAGGGUCAGGAAGCAAACUUGGAGCAGUUUCAAAACACAACAGGCCUGGGGUUUGUCCAGAAGCUACAGAGCUAGUGAGGAUUUUAGCAGGUCAGGUCAAGCCAGUGUCUCCUGAGGCAAAAGACAAAUAUGGAACGUCCCCAAGAAGGAGCAGAUUGGGGUCAUCCCCUGGCAUCAGAGAGAAAUCCAGAACACCUCCGAGCAGCUCAGAGUCUUCUCCAGAACGGGCAGAAAUAUCCCGAUCGCCUCUGAGACGCAGCAGGUCUGGUUCGCCCCCCAGGCCCCGAGAGAAGUCCCGAUCGCCCCCCAGGCCCCGAGAGAAGUCCCGAUCGCCCCCCAGGCCCCGAGAGAAGUCCCGAUCGCCCCCCAGGCCCCGAGAGAAGUCCCGAUCGCCCCCGAGGCGCAGCAGGUCUGGCUCAUCUCCCAGGCCCCGAGAGAAAUCCCGAUCGCCCCCGAGGCGCAGCAGGUCUGGUUCAUCUCCCAGGCCUCGAGAGAAAUCCCAAUCGCCCCCCAGGCCCCGAGAGAAGUCCCGAUCGCCCCCCAGGCCCCGAGAGAAGUCCCGAUCGCCCCCGAGGCGCAGCAGGUCUGGCUCAUCUCCCAGGCCCCGAGAGAAAUCCCGAUCGCCCCCGAGGCGCAGCAGGUCUGGCUCAUCUCCCAGGCUUCGAGAGAAAUCCCGAUCGCCCCCCAGGCCCCGAGAGAAGUCCCGAUCGCCCCCGAGGCGCAGCAGGUCUGGUUCAUCUCCCAGGCCCCGAGAGAAGUCCCGAUCGCCCCCCAGGCCCCGAGAGAAGUCCCGAUCGCCCCCGAGGCGCAGCAGGUCUGGUUCAUCUCCCAGGCCUCGAGAGAAAUCCCGAUCGCCCCCCAGGCCCCGAGAGAAGUCCCGAUCACCCCCGAGGCACAGCAGAUCUGGUUCAUCUCCUAGGCCUCGAGAGAAAUCCCGAUCGCCCCCCAGGCCUCGAGAGAAGUCUCGAUCACCCCCGAGGCGCAGCAGGUCUGGUUCAUCUCCCAGGGCUCGAGAGAAAUCCCGAUCUCCUGCUAGAUAUGGCAGUUCCGGCUCAUUUCUGAGAUCUAGAGAGAAAUCCAGAUCUCCCGCAAGGUACAGCAUAUCCGGCUCGUCCCUAAGACUUCGAGAGAAAUCCAGAUCCACUCCAAGGCGUGGCAGGUCCAGUUCAUCCCCGAGACCUCGAGAGAAGCUGGGGGCGUCUCCCAGAAGCAGCCGCUCUGGGUCGUCUCCAGAGAGACCCAAAGGCCCAACAAGGCGUGGCCGAUCCAGCUCUCCCUCCAGAAGGGGGAAGUGGAGAUCUUCCCUGCGGCGAGGAAGAUCCGGGUCUUCGCCCAGGAGAACCCGGUCCCGGUCCAUCUCCAGACGAGGCAAAUCCAGAAGCUCCCUGCGGAGAGACCGAUCCAUCUCGUCGCCCGGCAGGAGCCGCUCAAGAUCCACCUCGCGAUUCUCCCGCCGCCGGGAGCGUUCGCCAUCCUCACCCCGUCGCAGCAGAUCCCGCACGCCGCCCCGCCGAGCCCGAGCGGGGUCCUCCCCCCAGCGCCGCGGCUCCCGCCAGCCCCGCUCCCGCUCCCCACCGAAACUGGACGUCUCCCGCACCCCGGCCUCUUCCUACCACGGCCGCUCAAAGGCGUCGCCGGCCAGGACCCGCUCAGGCUCCGGCUCGCCAAAACGAGCCGGGAGGAGGUCCCGCUCCCCACCGGUGCUGGAGAAAUACCCCAAAGUGGGAGCAGCCGACAAGGCAGCACCAGGCAGAGCUGAGAAGACGUCGCCCGUGGUGUUGGUGCCCAUCCGGCGCAGCCCGUCCCGCUCCCCGCCGGCUCCGGAUGAGUCCUCUCCCAAAGCCAGGAAAGCCCAUUCCCCUGCCCCCAAGAUCCACUCCCCGCGGCCGGAGGGGUCCCUGGGGGCGGUGAGGAACGGGGGUCCGGCGCCCACCUGGACCCUGAACUCCUGCCCUGCUGCCCCUGGGGGCUCCCCGCCUGCCGGCCGCCUCCCCCAAGCCAAAGGGCCAGAGAAAGUCAGAUCUUCCUCCUCUUCCUCCUCCUCCUCCUCCUCCACCUCCCACAAGGUGCCCAGCCCCCUGCCCGCCCCACUCCCGGUGCUGCCCCCCAAGGAGGAAGACAGGGAAGGGCCCAAGGUCAAGUUGGAGCCGCCAGCCCCGGAGGUGCCCGGGGACCUGCCAGACAAAGCCAGGGGCGGAGCCGCCAAGGCGCUGGUGCCGCUGCCGGUGCCUCCCCGCACCCCGUCCAAAGAGAAGAGGAGCUCGUCCACCUCCUCGUCUUCGUCGUCCUCGUCUUCUUCCUCCUCCUCGUCCUCUUCCUCCUCCUCCGACUCCAGCUCCAGCUCCUCAGAGUCCAGCCACGACUCCCCGGCGAGCAAGGGGCCCGACCUGGAGACGGCGAAGAAAGAGCCACCGAGCCCGGCGCAGAAGGAGCUGGCCCGUGAGGGGCGCCCCCUGGAGCUGGCCAAGCGGAAACGCCGUUCCCGAAGCUCCAGCAGCUCCAGCAGCAGCUCGUCGUCAUCAUCCUCCUCAUCUUCCUCCUCGUCUUCCUCCUCCUCCUCGUCAUCCUCCUCCUCAUCCUCUUCUUCCUCCUCGUCCUCGUCCUCCUCCUCCCCCAAGCCGGGGCCCCAACCGCAGCCCAAGGCAGCCCCCAAGAAGCCCUCACCUGAGCAGAGGCGCUCCCGGAGCCCCCGGAAGCCGAUCGACUCCCUGCGCGACUCGCGCUCUCUCAGCUAUUCCCCGGCCGAGCGGCGCCGGCCCUCCCCUCCGGAGCCCCCCCUGGCCCAGCGGGACCGGCACAGUGACAAACCCUCCCAGAGGAGCCGAGGAACCAACAGCCGCUCCCCAGGUCGCAAGCGCAGGCGGGAAACACCCAGCCCCCCCCACGCUGCCCGUCGCCGAGCGUCCCGGUCACCGUAGCCCACGGGGCUCUGCUCAGCCUCCAGCAGCAGCGCCCCCUAGCAGGGGCUCCGGCAGCAGCCUCCUUCAUUUCUAUUGGCUCCUCCCCUUCCCCCAUUGGCUGGCGGCUACGUCCCGCCCCCUCGGCUGCUGGGGCCCCGCCCCAUUGUGACUCGACUCUCGUUUUUUCCCAUGUGAGCGUUUCAGUUUUUUCUCUUCUGUGAGUUUUACCGAUAAAAAAACCGACAAAA